AUGGAGCCCAAACUUGAGGAGGUGAAGGAUCAGGAAGAUGUCCAUGGUGCAGCCGCUGGCCCAGCCACUGGCACGGCCUCUCCUGAUCCGGAGGAUCCUCGCGAUGAGAAUGAGGCAGAGCGUGUGCCCGAAAAUGGUUCUGGAUAUCCGGCGACAGGUCUGGAGGAGGAUGAGGUCGCCGAUGAAGCAACAAAGCAAGACGAGGUAGUCCUUCGAAACAGAAGAGGGUUGCCACCGCCGGUCCCUCCAAAAGUGCCUAGCUUGGACGAGCUGUCCAAUGACAUGGAUGUACCUUCAGAGCUGCCGACGUCGGUUCAGCCCGAGGAGGCAGAAAGCGUGCCGCUGAGCUCCAUAAGGGAGCUCGUGGAGCAGCGGCGGGUCAACACGGCCCUGAAGCGCCUCGAGGAGGGAAGAGGUCCAGGAACAGAGCACGGAGCGGCGAGGAGUUAUGGGGCCGAGGGCCGGCUGCUCCGCCUGCGCUGCUUGGCGAGCAUGCGGCGCUAUGCCGAAGCGGCAGAGGAGUGCAAGCAGAUGGGUGACGAGGCCGCCUGCUUUGAGGUUAAGUUCUUCCUCGCGCAGCUUCCUUGGCUCCUACAUGCAGAUGCAUACCAGACCAUGCUGCAGCUGAAGGCUCUGGCACAAAGUUGGCCAAGCGAUGGCCCAGCCAAAGAUCGACUGGAGCUCCUUCAGGUUCUGUCCCACUCGUCCCUGACCGUGGGCCAUGGGCGCAUGGCUGCCGAAGAGUUGCAGCGGGCCGUGUCCGAACGUGAAGAUUGCCGUGAACUCUGGUCGCUGCUGGGAAGACACCACCUGUCUGGGGGCAACCUCCCUGCGGCAGAUGUUGCCUUCGCAAAAGCGCAGACCGCGUCCGGGCAGGACUCCACGGUCCUGCUCAAUUCGGGACUUCGUGCCAUGUCCUUGGGCGACUUCCAGGCUGCCAGGGAUGCAUUCGAAGCAGCGGCCACUGCCUUGCACGCUGACAAAGACGCGCGGCUGCAGGAGGUCCUUGCGGCGGAGAACAACCUGGCUGUCUGCAAGUUCUACACCAAAGACUUGCGCGGCGCCUGUGAGCGGCUGAAGGCCUUGGUCCUCAAGGACCCGGUGCGAUUCCUCGUGCCGUGCCUUCUGCAGAACUUGGCGUCGCUGUACGAGUUUGCACAGGAUGCCGCCAGCCAACGGAAGGCUCUGCGUGAUCUUGCAGGUGCUGCACAGUUGGAAGAUCUGGAGCCACGGCUUUUCCAAUCACCGCAAAGUUAA